GCUCCGAGCAUCGGUACUGACCGAUUGGAUUCGCGACGAACCGAUCAUGUCGGUUCACGGCGACAGCGAUGUGGACGCGACGGAAGAGAUCAACGUGGACGACUCCGACACGGGAAGUUGCAGCCCCCGCAAUUACUCCAACGAGAAUCGCCGCUUGGACCACUCCGAGUGCUCCGAUUCCCCGCCCCCGAGUCAAACCAACUCGAGAACGUUGCAAAACUCCGAGUCGCCCCGGAGCCACCCGUUCAGCAUAAGCCGAUUGCUGGGCGAGAAUCGGCCCCGCGACCCCAAGAGUCCCUCGUCCGAGGAUCUGGACAGCGACAAGGAGAGGAAGUGGUCGUGGGAGGAGGGGAGCAACAACAACAACAACAACAACGGUGGCUCGUCCGCGACGACGUUGGACGAUGGAAGAAGGUCGUGGGGGCACGAGAUCGAGGAGAAGUUGUCGGAGAGGGACGACGACGACACCGGAAGCACGGCCGAGACCCAGACCAACUCGACCAACUCGUCGGUCCACUGCGCGUCGGAUCUGUUGGCGCCGUUCAGACUUUUCCCGACCGGGUCAGGCCUGAUAUACACAGGCGGAGGCGUGAUAAGGGUCCCUGCCCAUCGGCCACCCGGCGCUAAUGGAGCGGCGACCGGUGCACUGCCCGCACAGGCGUUGAUACCGCCCUGGAGUUUACAAGCCCUUCAACACAGCCAACAACAGGCGGCGGCGGCUGGUCUUCACAGGGCGAGCUUGUUGGCCAACUUGGCCGCGCAUCCGCUCCAGGGACACCCGCACCUCAAGGACAGGCUGGCAGUGGCCGGAGCGUUUCCAAGGAGGAUCGGGCAUCCUUAUCAGAACAGGACGCCACCGAAGAGGAAGAAGCCGAGGACAAGCUUCACCAGGUUGCAGAUCGCCGAGCUGGAGAAACGUUUUCACAAACAAAAGUAUCUGGCAUCGGCUGAACGGGCGGCGUUGGCUAAAACCUUGAAGAUGACCGACGCCCAAGUCAAGACAUGGUUUCAAAACAGACGAACAAAAUGGAGGAGGCAAACGGCCGAGGAGAGAGAGGCUGAGAGGCAGGCGGCGAAUCGGUUGAUGCUGUCUCUUCAAGCGGAGGCGCUGGGCAAAGUGGCGUACCCGACGACAGUGGCCAGCCAUCCAGCGGGAACCACGGUUCCCAGCCUAGACAGGCAGCAACCACCCACUGCUCUCGCCCAUCCCGUGGGUCAAUGGGCAUCACCGUACGGACCGCCGCAACCUCUCGCCGAACCGAUUUGUUGAACCUCGACAAAAAUUAAUGAUCAAGACUCUGAAUUGCCGAGUGAUACCUGCCUCGACCUGUUAUAACUGCGUUUCCAACACGGAAAUCGUUUGUCGUCUCGAAACACCGGUGUUUCGCGCUCGAUAAGAGAAUCGAAGUGAAAUCUAAUUAAUCGGAAUCAAAUUGAAUUGGGAUUUUUGUUUUGUUUGUUUCUUUUUUUUUUUUUUUUUUUUUUUGGAAAACUUGUAGCGAGAUUCGAUCGAAUCGAGCGAAGAAUACACGCGAAAUUCACGCGUUACGAACAAUCGUUGGAUCAUUGCUUGCCUUUUCUCUCGUGUUCAAUCUCUCGAGUUUCUUUUCUCUUUGUUUAACUGGUUAAUUUAUAUAUCGAUAUAAUCGGUAAAAAAGAAAGAGAGAAAGAAAGAAGGAAGGAAGGAAUUUCAGAGGGAAAAGUUUCUCGAAUAGAAUCUCGAACCGCGUAAUUAAAUAUUAUCGCCGAUAAUUUCCAUCGAUCUCGAGUCUAACUUCUCCCUUUAUUAUUGUUAAAUAAAUCGGAUGAGACGGACAGAUUAUACGCGUUAUAAACGUUGCUACGCGAAGGCGCCUCGUUGUUUAGAAAAUUUGCCGAAACGACGAAGCUAAUUGCCGAACCGUAAUUUGACGUGACGCUAUUGACAGCGAAAAAAUAAGCGGAGAUGGAAGGAAAAUGGAGGAAGGAGACGGGAGACGGAUCCGUCUUAAUUGCACUAUUUCUAGAUAAUAUCAACGUCUUACCAUUGGCAUGACGGCCAAUUUUAUCGACAUGUUUAAUUAACGAACCGAGAGGGGGGCCGAUGGAAAGCUAAAAAAAACUUAAAUAAUUACGGAUCGCUCUCGUUUCUCGCCACCGCCGUGAAAAAACUCCGCUCGAGGAGGAGGAGGAGGAGGAGGAGGAGGAGGAAUUUACCCUCGUCAAGCAGACGCGGGAUACGCAGGGAAGAAAAUGGAGAUACGGGAGAGGGUGGGGGGAUGGAGGAAGAAGGAAAGGCGAGGACAGAGGAGUGAAAUCGAACGGACGAAGGAUUUCGAAGUUUGCGAAAUUCUUCGAUUCACGAUCGAAAUUGACGACCCUUUCGAUGACGGAUGGCCCAACAUCUCUGUACCAACUCGUGCUCUCCCCUUUCUCCGUACAAAUUGAUUGAUUUCGCAAAUUUAUUUCGUUUCACGAACGCGAACGCGAUCGAAUAUAUAAUAACUAUAUUGAGAAAAGACAAGCGCCAAAAAUUACGAAACCAAAUAAUUAAUGUUAACGUUUCUUUUCUUUUCUUUUCUUUUUUUUUUUUUUUCGUAAAGAGAGAGAAAUUAU